AUGCCAAAAGGCAUCAAAGAAUUCCGCAGAAAGUCGUCAAGAUAUCUACAUUGGCAAUUAUGUACUAGGGAAGGCGAUGCUGAUCUUACCUUCAAGGAUUACAGCAAUUUAAUAAGCAAAAUACUGGUUAAUCUGGACUAUUCAUCUGCGGGCUUAACGUCAAUCCUCUACAACCGUAUUCCUGUCAUUCGAUGGAUACAGGGCUACAAGCAAGAAAAUUUGCUCCCUGAUAUUGCAGCCGGUGUGACGCUGGCAAUUUAUAAUGUACCACAAAGUAUGGCAUACUCCGUUCUUGCUACUUUGCCACCAGUAUUUGGCCUUUAUGCUUCAUUUUUCCCUCCACUGUUCUACUUCUUUUUCGGCACCUCGUAUCACAUUUCAAUAGGUGGGCGUACCUGA